AGUUUUGACAAAAAAUGGCCAAAAAACUACUCAACCAACAACAACAAAAUCUCCUACUUGUGUUUCUGUCCCUUAGUUUCUUCUUGUAUUCUUUAACAACCUUUCACAUUCUUCUUUCUUCUUAAUUUCUCUAAUUCCAAAUAUUCUUUUUUUCUUCACAAUGGCUAUGGACAAGCACCACCACCACCACCAAAUGCCUCUAACCAAGUCUGCUUCAAGGCAGAGAUACAACGAAUGGGUAUUUAGAGAUGUUCCAAGUGAUAUAACUAUAGAAGUGGAUGGUGCCAUAUUUUCAUUGCACAAGUUUCCUCUUGUAUCGAGAAGUGGACGAAUUCGGAGGCUUGUAGCAGAGCAAAGAGAUUCUGAUAUAUCAAGAAUUGAGUUUGUUAGUCUACCAGGUGGAUCUGAAUCAUUUGAACUAGCAGCCAAAUUCUGCUAUGGUGUCAACUUUGAGAUCACAUCAUCAAAUGUUGCUCAACUCUGUUGUGUAUCUGAUUACCUCGAGAUGUCAGAGGAUCACUCGAAAAACAAUCUUGGUUCGAGGGCUGAAGAAUAUCUCGACAGCAUUGUCUGCAAGAAUCUUGAAAUGUGUAUUGAAGUCUUGAGACAAUCCGAAAACUUACUCCCCCUUGCUGAUGAGUUGAAAAUCGUUAGCAGAUGUAUCGAUGCUGUAGCCUCAAAAGCUUGUGUUGAGCAGAUCGCUUCAAGUUUUUCGCGUUUGGAGUAUAGUAGCUCAGGGAGGUUACAUAUGAGUAAACAAGCCAAUUGUGAAGGGGAUUGGUGGAUUGAGGAUCUUUCUGUUCUUCGUAUCGACUUGUACCAACGUGUUAUAACAGCAAUGAAAUUUCGCGGUGUUAGACCUGAAAGCAUUGCAGCAUCACUAGUAAGCUAUGCACAGAAGGAGUUAAUACAAAAGUCUAUUUCUAGUUCAAAAGAAAAACUCGUGGUUGAGACGAUCGUUACCUUGAUGCCUGUUGAGAAAUUCGUUGUUCCUUUGAGCUUUCUGUUUGGAUUGUUGCGUAGCGCUGUGAUGCUAGAUUGCAAUGCUGCUAGUAGGCUUGAUCUCGAGAGACGGAUAGGAUCUCAACUCGAUAUAGCAACUCUGGAUGACAUACUAAUUCCUUCAUUUCGUCAUGCUGGUGAUACAAUGUUUGAUGUUGACACAGUGCAUAGGAUCUUGGUUAAUUUUUCACAACAGGAAGGCGAUAGCGAUGAUGAGAUGGAAGAUGUAUCGGUUUUUGAAUCCGAUAGCCCUACUGCUACGCCAUCACAAACUGCAUUGUUCAAAGUAUCAAAGCUGGUUGACAACUACCUAACUGAAAUUGCACCAGAUGCAAAUCUAAAGCUCAACAAGUUCAUUGCUAUUGCAGAAACAUUACCAGCACACGCACGCACUCUACACGAUGGACUUUAUCGAGCUAUUGACGUCUACCUCAAAGCUCAUCAGACUUUGUCAGAUCCAGAAAAGAGGAGACUAUGCAAAUCGAUCGAUUUCCAAAAACUCUCACAAGAAGCUGGUGCACAUGCUGCACAAAACGAACGUCUUCCCCUUCAAUCAAUCGUUCAAGUUCUCUAUUACGAGCAAUUGAGGCUAAGAAACGCCUUGUUUUGCUCGUAUCCUGACGAUGACAUUAAGCCAAUGCAUCAAUCUUGGAGGAUAAACAGUGGUGCUCUUAGUGCAGCAAUGUCUCCUAAGGACAAUUAUGCUUCAUUGAGACGAGAAAACAGAGAGCUAAAACUUGAGCUAGCGCGGAUGAGGAUGAGAUUGAACGACUUGGAAAAAGACCAUGUUUGUAUGAAGAGAGAUAUGCAGAAAUCCAACUCGCGAAGAUUCAUGAAAUCUUUCUCGAAAAGGAUUGGUAAAAAGUUCAACAUUUUCGGACAUAGUUCAUCAAGGGAGUCUACUAAUUCUCCCUCAAGACACUCGGAAAGAACUGAUUCUAAGAUAACUGAUAGAACAUGACUAUCGUUCUUCCAGGUACAUCGAGUUACACGAAUAAUGUGUUUGCUUGUAAUAUUUGUUCGAUCCCAUACUCUAUUUUUCUCCAAAAUCUUGUAUAGAUAAGGCUACAUAGAUUUUAUGUGUGAGACGUUAGAAGGAUGUGAUCUUAUAGUUGAAAGCAAUGAAUUCAGUUGAACUCACAAAAUCCGCCCUAGAUCCACUUCCAGACUACUUAUGGGGUGGACUAAGGUCAUAGCUUGCAAAUUUGGAGUCUUAUUAUGAACUUCACAACAGGUCAAUCGUUCUAUGUUCCAGGGUUGGGUCAGAUAGGACCAGAUCCAAAUGGAUCUAGUUAUCUCUUCGAGUUCAGAUGUUGUAAUAGGCCUAAUUUUACUCCUGGUUUGACCGGUGAAGUGAACGGGGAUUCAAGUUUUUCAUUUCAUUCAGUAAAAAAAGUAGUUGAUACCUAUAAAACCUUUUGAGGUAUUUUAAUGACCGAAAAAUCUGUCUGGAGCCAACCCUUCGAAUCAAACUGCAGACUUCAAAAACUCGGGGAUGAUGGGCCUAAGUUACAUUCUUUAGAACUUUUGCAGCAAUAUUAAUCUCUUUUAUGAAUUUCCACAUGACUAUCAGGAUGACAAAACUGUAAUGACAAAAAUAGGAUAAUCACGAUAUAGCAUCUAUGUUGCUCGGACUCUCCAACCUGUGUUGAAUCCCCUAUCGAAGGAUCUAACAUGCACCCCGUCGAUAUUUUGAAGAAUUCAAGCAACAUAGUUAUACCAAAAAUGCAACAGUGGAAGCAACCAACCUUUAUCUAUAGGUUUGACUGAACUCAGUAGUUUCAACGCAGGAUAUACAUAUUCACGUCUGUGUGGUGUGUAAAGCCGCUGAAAUUUCAACAAAUAUCAAAUUUUGAACCCAUAAUUCCAAAAGUACAUUGACUUCAAUACUAAGAACCUUAAAAUGUUUGAACGUCU